GGCCACGAAACCAGGACAUGGACAUCUACUCCCACCCAGCGCCGCCGCCGUCCUCCCGCCCGCGCUCGCCGCCGCCCCAGUCCCGCCCGCGCACGCAUUUGUGGCGGCGAUCGGUGAGCGGCUAUCGCGAAUCGGCCGUCCUUCUCUCUUCUCCAUCGACGCCGGCCGGCUGCAGGCGGCGGCGGCGAGACGAUGACGCCGCAGGAGCGGCUGGAGGCCCUGCGCGGCGCCGCGGGGGAGUGCGAGUGCGUCGGCGGGGAGGACGAGCCGCUGCUGCGGCGCGGCCGGCCCCGCCCCGUCUGCCUCGACGGCUUCGAGCCCUCCGCGGCCAUGGACCUCGCGCCCCGGGUGAAGAUCGUGGUCGCCGACUGGUUCGCGCUCCUCGGCGGGGGGAUGGGCGGCGACUGGGGCAGGAUCCGGGACGCCGGCCGCCGGAACGUGCAGGUCUGGGAGGCGGCCCUGAGGGCGCUCGGCGUGGGCGCCGGCGAGGUGGAGUUCCUCUGGUCCUCGGACGAGGUCCUCGGCCGCGCCAACGAGUACUGGCGCCCGCUCGUCAUGGACAUCGCCGAGAAGCACUCGGUCGAGAGGAUAGUCAGGUGUUGCAAGGCGGUGUUCGGCCGGGACGAGGAACAGCUCAGUGCUGGGCAGUACAUCAUGCAGUGCGCCGAUGUUUUCUUCUACCAGGCAGACAUGCCACAUGGCCAUGGAUCAAAGAGAGGUGAAUCUGCUUGCGAGAGAUUACUGCGAGGCCAGUGGAAGGGACAAUAAGUAGGUUUCUGAAAUUGUCAGUUUGUCCAUUAACGUUAAUAAUAGAUAUAUGCUACCUGGUCUCAAGAAUGGCCAGAAGAUCUCAAACAACGAUCCAUCAUCAGCUAUAUUCAUGGGAGAUAGCGAGGUUUCUCACUUGAUACCUUUUUUUUUGUUUAAGGACAAUCUUCAAUUCUUGCUUCCCACACUAGUCCGCCAUUUUAAUUGUCUAUCUCUGAUAAUUAAAGAAAGUAUAUGCGCUGAAGGUUACUUUCAUGCUUAUUGGUAAGAACCUGGUAUAAAAUAAAUGUAUUCACCAAUGGCUAUCAAAAAA